GCGGAAAGAGCAGACCGGCGGAGAAGUUUUCUCCGCCGCUCAAUACGACAACGCGUGCGCUUUUCUUCCAGGGAAGUCAGUAGUCGUUCUAAUGGUACUUUCAUACGAGGGUGUCGCUUAAGGGUGAGAAUGUACUUUUCGGUGUUAUUGUUGUUUGCUUCGUGCUUGAGAAUAAAUAAGGCAAUGCGUAUCAUUGCCAUCUAUUCUUUAUAUUGAAUGAAAGGUAACAUGAAUGUCGGCAUUGAAAAUUGUUAGGUGUUAAUUAAUCGAGAAGGAGCAAAGGAUAAACGAGAUGUAACGAUUGUAAUUUCAUAAAUAUAUCAAACAUACGAUCAUGUUUCACUAAACACGUAAUAAAUAUUGAAAUAAAUAAAUUGCAUUUACUUGACAAAAUAACUUACUUCGUUAACUUCGUUAAUUGUUUAUCUUGGACAAAUUACAAAAUCUAAUUUAUCGAACGGAAGAUAAAUGGCUCGAGCAAUUUUUCAUUUCGUUUCAACGAUAGGACGGAAAUUAGUUGAUCAUAGAAUUAAUUGUAAUUAUUUCAGGCUGUUGCUCCAAUUAUUCUAUUUAGAGAUUAAUUGAUUACCUAUAUUUCUAUGUUAACGACAGAUGCGAAAUUUUGACUUGACAAUGAAUAAUUCGGGUUGUGCGACUUGUACACUCGAACCACCGCCUGAUAUUCUUCAUAUACCGCCGCCGCCGUUUCCAGCAAUUCUCCAACAAAGCUCCGACUUUUAUCCGCAAACGGACUUGUUAUCGUUUCCGCCUCACCUCAAUGACAGCCCUUGCAAACAUUUCUGCGACCGUCGCUCCGAAGGAGUUCAAUACAUAGAAAUGCCGCAACAAGGGACAGUAUUUGACGACACGUGGUUGCUGGUUCUACUAUCCUCCUGCGCCGGUGUAAUUUUCAUAGGCAUCGUACUAGCGAUAUUACUCUUAAAAUGCAAAUUCAACAGAAAUGGUAAGAGCGGCGUGAUUUCCAUACCAAACGCGACAUCUAGCAUACAAGCGAAGAACGGGAGGAUUCAAAACGAGGCUGUUCUCUAUCCCUGUGCAGCUGACACUAUGCAAGAUAGCCGUGUGAUGUGGGCCACCCUCACACCACGAGGUACCACCAGACACUAUCUGGAGGAGCAUACUUACGAAACAAUUGGCGGUGGACAAUUCCACAAGCGUGCCUGUUCAACUACGCCAACUGAACAUACUUACGCAGAUCCGCCGGUCACCACUCCAAUUCAGAAUCGCUUGAAGGACGACAAAGCCUUUGAUAACACUGCAUUUGUAGAUUACGAAGAGCCAUCGUUAAUAAAAACUGAUUAUUACCAGCUCAAUGAUGUUCUGGAAGGAACAUCACGUCCACGUGUCAGUUCGCCAACACGAAUCGAACAUCCAAAUUUACCACCCCUUAAUCUCCACCCUCAUAAACGUUCUUCUCGAAAAGGAUCUGGUACACCACAAGCUUCGGAUACAUUAUUAAGAAGUAGCAUCACAUCAUCUACAUAUAUCCCUACUAUA